AUGCUUUCUCGUGUUGCUGCCACGUCCAUUGGACUGACUCGCUCUGCCACCGGCGUCCUUGCCACCCAAUCCCGUCAAAUCUCUUUUGGUAAGUGCAAUCAAUCCUCAGAAACAUGCAGUCCAACUUCUUUCAGAUCUGAACGAUCAACAGAGAGAAAUUCAGAAUCUGGCUCUCAAGUUCUCGAAAGACGUGCUUGUCCCGAACGCGGCCAAGUUCGACGAGAGCGGAGAGUUCCCGUGGGAGAUUGUCAAGCAGGCUCACGAGCUCGGAAUCAUGAACCCACAAAUUCCGGAGAAGUACGGUGGUCCAGGAAUGAGCACGCUGGAGACUGCUCUUAUUGUCGAGGCUCUUUCGUACGGAUGCACUGGGCUUCAACUCGGAAUCAUGGGACCGUCUCUUGCCAUUGCUCCUGUCUACAUUGCUGGAACUGAGGCUCAGAAGAGCAAGUACCUGGGAGCCCUCGCCGCCGAGCCCAUCAUUGCUUCUUACUGCGUCACUGAGCCGGGAGCCGGAUCAGAUGUGAACGGAGUCAAGACCAAGUGCGAGAAGAAGGGCGAUGAGUACAUCAUUAACGGCUCCAAGGCCUGGAUCACGGGAGGAGGACACGCCAAGUGGUUCUUCGUGCUCGCCCGCUCUGACCCGAACCCGAAAACUCCAGCCGGAAAGGCGUUCACCGCUUUCAUCGUCGACGGAGACACCCCGGGAAUCACUCGCGGAAAGAAGGAAAAGAACAUGGGACAGAGAUGCUCGGACACCCGCACCAUCACCUUCGACGACGUCCGUGUUCCAGCCGAGAAUGUGCUGGGAGCCCCGGGAGCCGGAUUCAAGGUCGCCAUGAGUGCUUUCGACAUGACUCGGCCUGGAGUUGCCGCCGGAGCUCUCGGACUUUCGUGGAGAUGUCUCGACGAGUCGGCCAAGUAUGCCCUCCAGAGAAAGGCUUUCGGAACCGAGAUUGCCAACGUAAGUUUACCAGAAACUUUGGGUUUUUAUGUAGCAACUUUUUUUUCAGCACCAAGCAGUGCAGUUCAUGCUGGCCGACAUGGCCGUCAACUUGGAGCUCGCCCGUCUUAUCACGUACAAGUCAGCCGUCGACGUGGACAACAAGGUCCGCUCCUCGUACAACGCUUCGAUCGCCAAGUGCUUCGCCGCCGACACCGCCAACAUUGCUGCCACCAACGCCGUGCAGGUAUCCACUGAUUUUUUAGAGUUUCCGUUCCUAACAAAACAUUUUUUCAUUUAGAUCUUUGGAGGAAACGGAUUCAACUCGGAAUACCCGGUGGAGAAGCUGAUGCGUGACGCGAAGAUCUACCAGAUCUACGAGGGAACGUCGCAAAUCCAGCGCAUCGUCAUCUCGCGCAUGCUUCUCGGACAUUUUGCCCAGAACGGAACCAGCAGACUCUAA